AUUAUUAUUAUAUAUUAUUAUAAAUGAUAAUCACUGAUCAGAUAAAUUUUGGGAGAUAGUUAUGUGCAUACGUCAGAAAAUCACACAAUUGUGCAAAAAUAGAUAAAAGUGUUGAAAGUAGAAAAUUAUGGCAUUUUUAAACAGUAUCAGUUUAUCAAUAAGUUUAUGCACUCUGUUAUUUUAUACAACUAUAGCUUUUAAUAAAUAUUCCAUAGAGGCAAAUAAACCAAAAUAUGAAGAUCCUUUACAAUUCCCAACCUCUCUUCGUGAGUUAGAUAAACCAUUUCGCAUGGCAAAGUUGAAUAUAUUAUGGAUAAAAGCAAAAAAUCGUUUGACAGAUACAAAAUUGCAAUCAAUAUUUAGUGAUCUGAAAAUCCAUGAUAAAGAAGAAAUUGCAUAUAAACAUUUUAAGUCUGAUGGCAAAGAUCCAAAUGGUGAAGAAGAAGCGCGAUUAAGAAAAAAGCUAAUUGGAAUUAUGAGUACUUAUGGAUUAUUAGAACACUUUGAUGAUACAGAAAAUCCAGAAUUAUUGAAAAAACAUAAAGCUUUAAAUGAUGGUACCAAUUAUAUUGCCAGAAAUAUCUUCAAAGACAAAAGAUUAGAUAAAUUAUGGGUUAAAGCUGAAAUGGCAGGUUUUACUCAUGAAGAGCUACAAACUUUAAAAGAAGAAUUUCAACAUCAUCAGGAUAAAGUGGAUGAAUACAUGAAUCUUUUAAAAGAUGUUGAAAAUGGUGAUUCAGAAAUACACAAAAACAGUUUAUAUCAUAAACCAGAAUCUUGGAAUGAAAUAGAACAGAAAGAGGAAAUAUCCAAUAAUGUUCCUGGAAAAAAGCUAGAUUACUUAGAAAAAGCAACAUUGCUUAGAGAAAAACAUUUGGAACUUAGAAAUGGAUAUGAUCGAUUGGAUAGAUUAACUGCAAAAGGACCAAAUCAUAAAGAAUUCAUAGAACCUAAAGUGCAAGGUUUAUGGCGUGUUGUAUUAGAAUCUCAAUUUUCUCCAGAAGAACGAGCUUCAUUAAAAGAAGAAUUAUUACAUUAUGAAGGAAGAUUGCUCAAACUGCGUCAUUUACACACAGAAGCUGCUUUAGAAGCUGCACGACAAGGAAAACAGUAUGAUUUAGAGAACUCUACUAUGGAACAACAUAUCAAAAAACAUGCAAGAACUAUUCAAAAACUUCAUACAGAUCUUGAAGCAAAAAUUAUGCAAAGACAUUCUGAACUUUAAUAUAAUUAAUACUUAAUAAAUUUGCACAAAUGUUAUUUUUAUAA